ACAACCCUAUAUAAACAGCCAUCUUGGCUUGUCUAGACAUCAUCAACCAAGAAGAACAACAACAAUUAUAAACAAACAAACAAACACAAUCAGAAUUAAAAGUUUACCAAUUCUUUACCUACCUCACAACCAACCACUUCAACCACAAACAACAACAACAGCCAUAAUGUCUGACAACGGUUCUUCCACUCUCAAGUCCUACGUCGACUCUGCCGCUGGCAUGGUCCAGAGUGCUGUCGGUUCCGUGACUGGCAACUCUGCCAACAAGGCUGAAGGCGACGCCUCCCAGCAGAAGGCCGCCGCUGAACACGACGCCAGCCACACCACCGCCAAGCUAGGCCCAUUCUCUGCUGACCCCAACACUGGCGCGACAGCCAAGGACCGUGAGCAGCGCUCCACUGGCGCCUGGGAUCAGACCGUCGGUUCCGCGAAGGAGUCCCUAGGCAACCUGAUCGGUAACGAGAACCUGCGCAAGGAAGGUGAAGAUCAGAACCUGCGUGGCAAGGGUGCCGAGGCUGAGGGACAGUUGAAGGAUUUCGGUGAGGGCGCUGCCGAUCGUCUCCAGGGUGGUAUUGGAAAGGUCGCUGCUGCUGCUACUGGCGAUCGCACUGAGGAGGCUAAGUGGACCCAGGUCCACGAUGAGGGCAAGGUUAAGCAGAGGGGUGCUGAGCUUGAUAUGCAGAAGCAUGCUUAAGUGAGGCCUUUUAGCAUUAUUUGUGAUGCCACUGCGACUGGGUUGAUAUCACUGGGCUACGGAGUUACAUGGUUAUGGGAUGUACUUUUUAUGACUGGGAUGUAUUAUACUAGAUGGAAUUGAUAAAUCCUACUUUUGA